AUGAUGCCAUGGGUACGGAUGAUUUCUCGAGCCGUGGCUCUAAUCGCCGUUCUUUUUGCAGUAUUGGCGAUAUCCUUCGCUCAUCAGCAGAGGGGAAUGGAUGCAAUGCCAUCAGGAUAUCCUUUCUAUCAGGAUAGAUCUUACACCUACACACCAACGCUUAGUCUCUAUCGAACAUUUCAAGCUAGACCG